AUGUCCGGAAAUCGAAACUUAACUGAGCAGAAUAUGGGAAGAAAAUGAAAGUGUUGAGUCUAUGAUGAGCUGACAUUUACUCCUGUUGUAUGCAUUUAUUAUAGAAAUAAUUUUUAUUUCAACUCGUCCGGUCAAAGUGAUAAGCUUUGUCGUUUUACCUGACAAUACUGUUUUUAACAUGUUACUUGAUAACGUUUAAGUUUUGUCAGAAGAUUUUGCUGGUCUUGAACUUUGCAAUGGAAGCUUACAUUUCCAAACUGAAUGAGUACAAACAGAAGACAGGGGCCACUGUACAAUAUGAGGAAGGAUCCGCAGAGGGACCCAGCCACAAUUUAACGUUUACCUGUACAGCGAUUAUAAACGGCACGCGCUACCUUUCCGCCACUGGGAAAAGCAAGAAGGAGGCGAAACACAACGCGGCGUGCAACGCGUACACUGCCAUCACAGAGACACACAACACUCAAUCUAUAACAUCUACUCAAGGUAACUUGAACAACAUGGGCAUAGCUCCGCAGAUAAAUUAUAUCAGCCUGCUGAAUGAAUAUCAACAGAAGAACAAUAUUACAUUGAAGAUCCGUGAGUCUACUAACAUGGAUCCAGGAAAUGCUCAAUUGUGUACAUAUGAUUGUACAUAUGUUAGUGGUGAUAAAGAAUAUCCUAAGGCUUACGGCAAAACAAAAAAGGAGGCCAAAGAGGCUGCAGCUAAGUGCGUUUAUGAAGAAUUAUUAACUCAAAAUACUGAGGCCUUGGAUAAGAACUGCAAUAAUACAACAAGUGCUAACCUGGACCGUUCGAGUUUCGCCGAAAAUUCUCGAAGCACCACUCCGAUACUUGACAACAACUACGUGGCAUGGAUCAAUCACUACUGCCAGAAAAAUAAAUGUGUUCUAAGUUUCAAUUUAGUGGAGAGAAGAGGACCUCCUCACAAUCCCGAGUUUGUGUAUAAGGCCGUUAUAAAUGGGAAGGAAUAUUCUGAAGGACUUGGAAAGUGUAAAAAAGAGGCGCAGCAGCACGCAGCUCAGAAGGCUUGGAGUGAACUUCAGCAGCACUCAGAUGGGAGCACACAGAGUUCUGAAGAGGACACUUCAUCACACGCCUCAGAGAUAAAUAAAUCUGAGGAAGCGCUACAUCCAUCACAAAGCUCAGCUGCUAUGACCAGCACAAGUGAUUCUGUUGUCUUUAAGGAUUCUUCUGCAGUUGGUUCUCCUAUGGCCAUAAGUCCUGCUAUGAGCCCAAUGGAUGUGAGGCCAAAAGUAAAAUUGGCACCAAGCUUUAAUCAAUCACCGAUUUUCUCACCCAAAAUUAAAGGGAAUACAUCUAAUAUGAACAUGCAGAAGCCAACAAAAUCAUCAACAAAUCAAACUGCAACCCAAGCUAUAAAAUCAAGGUUUUUAGAAGACUUUGACUCAAUAGACCGAAUUGGCAAAGGUGGUUUUGGACGUGUUUUUAAGGCAAGACGAAAGCUGGAGAACAAAUUCUUUGCCGUGAAGAUUGUGAGGAGUACAGAAAAAGCUCUUCGUGAGGUUGGCGCAUUGGCGAAUCUUCAUCAUCCAAAUAUCGUCCGUUACAACACAACUUGGGAGGAGGACACAACAUACAGACACGACUCUUCAGAGAGCACAUCAGACUCUGGCAGCAGCAUGGACACAAAGUACCUGUACAUUCAGAUGGAGCUUUGUGAGGGAGACACUCUUCGUGGCUGGAUUGAAAAAAGAAACUCUUUGAAUGAAGACAAUAUUACAGAGAGGAGACGAGAAGCAGAACAUAUCUGCAGUCAGAUCCUACACGCUGUGAAAUGCAUUCACUCCAAAGAUCUGAUUCAUAGAGACCUGAAGCCUGCAAAUAUAAUGUUCGGCAGUGAGGGAGGGGUGAAGGUGGGAGACUUUGGUCUUGUGACUGCAGCGGAAAAUGACAGCGAUGAGCUGCUGCUGGAGAGAACCAGAAGAACAGGAACCCGUUCCUACAUGAGCCCUGAACAGCUCACCCCGUCCUAUGACAGAAAGGUGGAUAUAUUUGCUCUGGGUCUCAUAUACUUUGAACUCCUCUGGAAGCUUGUCACAGGGACUGAAAGGAUCAUGAUUUGGGAUGAUAUAAGAUCAAGGAAGUUUCCACCACAGUUCUCUAUAAAAUUUGAUUUUGAGCACAACCUCAUCAACAAUAUGCUAGAUCCCAACCCUAAAAAGAGACCAGACGCGUCCGAACUGAUCUUAGAGCUCCAGCACAAUUCUACAGUCCUCAAGAACAACUAGACGGCAGUCGCACACCUAGUAAGCUGUCUACCUAGACAGCAUUUUAUCUGCACGUCAACUGGUGGGAAGUAGAACUGAACAGACUCUUUUAGGGGCAGUUUCCAAGAUGGGGUUUAGAUUAAUCCAGGACUAGAUCUUGAUUAUUAGGACAUUUUAGUAGUUGUUACAAACGUACCUUACAAAAAAACAUUACUGGUGUGCAUCUUGAGACAAAACAAUGGCACUUGAUAGACGUUAAGUGCAAGAUGAUUUUAAAUUAAGGCAGCUCAAACAUGCAUUUUAGUCUGGGACUAGGAUAAGCCCUGUCUGGGAAACCACCCCUUAAUUCAUCAUCUAUUCGAGAGACAUCUGUCGAAGUUUCUACUAGAUUUAAUGCUUAAAUCAUAUAUGUACUGUCUAUAUUUAAUGCAUUUUGCACACUUCAUAGGCAGUGACCACCAGAUUUACAUUUUUUUUAGCAGAUGCUUUUAUCCAAAGUAAUUUACAAAUGAGAGAGCAAGUUAGCAUAGUACACAUGGGUAUAUUUACAAACAAAAUUAAAGAGUGAAUGGCUACGUUAUUUGAGGUUUGAAUCAAACUCUUUAGGAUGGUGUCACUCCAGCAUCAAUAUACUGUACUGAACAUGAUCAAUUAUAUUACUCAUAUUGUUGGAUUUGGCAUUUACUUCAGUGUUGAGUAACAAAAAAGGUGUUUUAUUUUCAACAGAUAUUUUAAUUAUACUACAUUUUACAGAUUAAGAAUUAAGGUUGUGGUCUUAUGUCGAUUCACUUAAAGGGGCCAUGGCAUAAAAAUCUGACUUUUUCCAUGUUUAAGUGCUAAAAUUGGGUCGCCAGUGCUUCAAUCAACAUAGAAAUCUGAAAAAGAUCAACCCAGUAACUUUGUUUUGGUAAACCAUUCUCUGCAAGCACAUAAAAAAUUAGGUAAUUGAAAUUUGGCUCUCCUUAUGAUGUCAUAAGGAGAUCUUAUUAUAAUAACACCGCCCCUUAAUCUGCACUAUCCCACUACGGCACAUCCAUUUAGUGCAAAGACAGAGAGAAAAGAAUUCACAGCACAAUUGAGUUUCAAUUGCAACAAACCACCAUCAAUGCAAUCAGUUUUUAAUUUUAUCAACUCAUUUGCAUUUUAAAGGACACACCCAAAACGGCACAUUUUUGCUCACACCUACAAAAGUGUCAAAUUUAACAUGAUAUAAUAAAUUAUCUAUAUGAUAUUUUGAGCUAAAACUUCACAUACGUACACCAAAGAUUUAUUUGACAUCUUAAAAAGUCUUUUGACAUGGGCCCUUUAAAAAAGUCUUUCGACAUGGCACCUUUAAUGUUUUCUAUUAUGUGUCCAUUAAUUGCGUUGUUGGGAGAUGUCAAUACAUCUAUCAGGUUUGGUUACAUUGUUUGUGUUAUUGUACUACUGUUUGUAUUGUAUUGCAUAAUACGCUCUAACAAAUCAUCUUGCUAGUGAAAAGGUUAUGGACUUGAACUGUAUCGGUGACAUGACAUCAUUUUCAAACACAU